UAUAAUUAUUAUAUUUUCAAUGCCAUUUGUGUAAUAAUUUUUUUUAUUUUUUAUAAUUGCGAUAAAAGACAACACCUAGAAGGAAAACUUGAAAAACAAAUAACGCGUUUUAUUAUUUUUUAAUUAUCAAAACAUAAUUAAAUCGUUGAAAUAAACUUUAAACUGUUUUGUAAUAUUUUUUUUUGUUUGUUUAAAUAAUAAUAAUUAUUAUUUAAUUAGUGAUUAUAUUAUUGAUUGGUUGGCAUAUUUGUGGUGUGAUAAGUAUUUUUGAUUUCUCCUAUUUCUUUAAAUCAAGUCUUUUUCCACCUCUUCGCAUCAUUAAAAGCCAUUAUCUCUCUUUUUUUUUUUCUUAUUUUUUUAAUUCAUAUACACUGACACACAAGUCGUAUUAAAACCACAAGAUAAUAAACUCAGCACUUUGAGUUCAAGUCCAGUGCUAUUUCAAAUAAACAACCAGACAACAUCUUAAUUCGAAAAAAUAAAAACAAAAACAAAAAAGUAAGUUUUAAUUAUAUAAAAAGAAAAAAAUUAAUCUACAACAAUAAAAAUUACAAAUAAAUAAAUUACAUAAAAAUAAAAAUGUCAAUUUUAACUAAAAAAACACAUUUAAUUUAUGCUAAAUUAUCAUCAACAUUAAUGCGAAUGUCAACAAGAAUAGUUAAUGAUAAAUCACGUGAUAUUAAAAUAAAUUAUCUUGAUGGUAAAGAAAAUGGUAUUGCUGUAUUAGGAUUAAAUCGUCAUGAAACACGUAAUGCAUUUUCACGUAAACUUGUUGAUGAAUUUUCAUCAUCAUUAUCAAUUCUACGUAAUGAUGAUAAAAUACGUAUAUUAAUAAUACGUAGUUUAGUACCAAAUAUAUUUUGUGCUGGUGCUGAUUUACGUGAACGUACAAAAAUGAAUAAUGAUGAUGAUAUUGAAAAAUUUGUAACAUCAUUAAGAAAUUUAAUGAAUGAUGUUGAACAUAUGCCAAUACCAGUUAUAUCAGCAAUUGAUGGUGUUGCACUUGGUGGUGGUCUUGAAUUAGCAUUAGCAAGUGAUAUUAGAACAACUGUUUAUGAUGCUAAAAUUGGUUUAGUUGAAACAAAGCUAGCAAUAAUACCUGGUGCUGGUGGUACACAAAGAUUACCAAGAUUAAUUGGUCCAUCAAAAGCUAAAGAGUUGAUAUUUACAUCAAGAAUAUUUGAUGGUAAACAAGCUGAAAAUAUGGGAAUUGUUAAUUGUGCUGUUGAACAAAAUAAUAAUGGUGAUGGUGCUUAUCAAGCUGCACUUAAUAUUGCCAGAGAAAUAUUACCAAAUGGUCCAAUUGGUGUUAGAAUGGCCAAAGCUGCAAUAACAAGAGGCUUUGAGGUUCCUCUUCAUGAUGGCAUGGAAGUGGAAAAAGAAUGCUAUGGACAGCUACUUAAUACUCGUGAUAGAAUUGAAGGACUUGCUGCUUUUGCUGCAAAAAGAGUUCCAAUUUAUCAAGGAUGCUAAAAUAAUUUUGAUUUAAAAAAAAAGAAAUAUAUAAAUUAAUUUUUUGUUAAUUUUUUUUUAUAUAAUUUAUAAUGCAAGUUUUAAUAAAUAAAAUUUAUAAAUAUCAUUUUGAUUGUUUAUCAUUUUAACUAUUUAUUAAUAAUGCUGCA